AUGAAAAGUAUACGAGGGUUGAUGCACACAACCAGUGUUGAAGCUGCCCAUGAUCGAAAGACAACAUUCGCUACCACAUCAAUUGUCGGACAUAAGAGGAGUUUAUCCAACACCGGAGAUGAUCACAAGCCUCGGCCAUCCGCAUCUCGGACCGCUGUCCAAUUCCAGCGAGCCGUCAGUCUACCCAGUGCACCUCCCAGAAUCUCUCCCAGUCGCAUCGUGAACCUCGACGAGCGAGUGGGACCCUCUGAAUAUUCUCAACGGAGAUCGAUAGCUGCGACUCCUACAGCCUCUCACGACCCCGAGUUGGCUUUGAACCACCCGACAUAUGGCCUACCGCGGCAUUUGGUGGACAAUUUUGCGUCUCUUGGCAUCAAGCAAAUAUAUCCAUGGCAAAAAUCUUGUCUCAAGGGACCUGGCCUAUUGACAGGAGAAAAAAAUCUCGUCUAUUGUGCCCCCACCGGUGGCGGCAAGUCGUUGGUUGCUGAUGUACUUAUGCUCAAGAGGAUAUUGGAAGAAAAGGGCACAAAGGCACUUCUUGUUCUGCCCUAUGUGGCUCUCGUUCAGGAGAAAGUUCGAUGGCUUCGAAACGUGGUGCAGGGACUGCGGCUUGCCACGGAAACGGUCAUUGAUGACGAUAAGCGCAUCUGGCGUCGACGAGCAGACGAAGGGACUGUCCGUGUCGUUGGCUUCUUUGGGGGUGGAAAAGUCCGAGCAACAUGGGCAGAUUUUGACAUUGGUGCGAAUGCACUUGUGAAUACCGCAAUUGACGAUUGCUCCAUUACCAAGCUCCGAGCUGUUGUGCUUGACGAGUUGCACAUGGUUGAUGAUGAGCACAGAGGAUAUCUUCUAGAGCUCGUGGCUAGCAAGUUGCUGAGUCUUGAGCAGCCUAUCCAAAUUAUCGGCAUGAGCGCCACACUGCCGAAUAUGGACCUGAUGGCUCAGUGGUUGGACGGUCAUUGCUAUGAAACUCGCUACCGACCUGUUCCUAUCGAAGAGCAUCUUGUAUAUGACGGAAACGUCUAUCCCGCGGGUUCUACCAGCAGCCUCAUAAGGACCGCGGCACAGCUAAAUAAUCGGCCCACCCAAACGCCGUCGCUCACUAAACCUAUUAGGCGGAUUGAGCCAUCAACGCACAAGGAACUUCGUGAUCCGGUUCUCAAUGCAGUCGUCACGCUCGCUUGUGAGACUGCAACUUCUGGCUUUGGUGCCCUCGUGUUUGCUGGCAGCCGUGGCAUGUGCGAGUCGGAUGCUCGAUGGAUCAGUCGUGCGAUGCCUCCUCCAAAUGAGCUCAGACCCGAAGUUGUCGAUAGGAGAAUGGAUCUGUUGGGCGAGCUUCGAAGUUUAAAUACCGGCAUUGACCCAGUGCUGGAGGAGACGGUGCUAUAUGGAGUCGCAUUUCAUCGUAAAGGGAUCUCAUUGCAGCGGGAUAUGAUGAUGGUGCCUGCAAGAAGGGUAAUUCUUCACAACUGUCGGAUGGGGCGCGAGUUUGUUGGGCCGUCCAUGCUCAGACAGAUGCGAGGGCGCGCUGGAAGGCAAGGCAAGGCGCCUAUCGGAGAGACAUAUUUGUGUUGUCGAGAAAACGACCUUGAACAGGUUGUAGAGCUCAUGAAUGCCGAGCUGCCCCCAGUCACAAGUUGCCUCAACACCGAAAACCGUCGCAUCCAGCGUGCACUGUUAGAGGUCGUCUCCAUCCGCCUAGCAACGAGCCACGAAUCCAUCCAUGACUAUUUCUCUAAAUCACUGCUGAGCCAUACUCAUUCAGCUAAAUUUGUCAACGAGUGCAUCACAUCAAGCUUGGAAGAGAUAGAGAAACUGGGGUUCGUGGAGCGUGAUUCUUUCUCGAUGCUUACUGCAACGCAACUUGGCAAAGCCAUUGUGGCAUCGGCAAUUGACCCCGAUGACGGCAUCUUUGUUCACAAGGAGCUCAGUCGAGCACUUCAGGCGUUUGUCAUGGAUGGAGAGAUGCAUGUGCUCUACACAUUUACACCAGUCCAGGAAUUCGGCAUCACGGUAAACUGGCAGGUAUUUCGAAAUGAGAUGGAGGGUCUCGACGAAAGUGGUAUGCGGGUACUACGCCUCUUGGGGAUCAAGCCCACCACGAUCCUUAGACUGGCUCAAGGUGCAACCCUCCGAGAAGUUACGCCGGAAGAGAAACAAUUAGCUCGUAUUCAUCGCCGUUUCUACCUUGCUCUCCAGCUGCGAGACCUAUGCAAUGAGGUACCAAUACACAUGGUGGCACGAAAAUACGACGUGCCUCGUGGGACUGUCCAGAACCUUUCGCAGACAUGUCAAGGCUUCGCUGCGGGGAUGAUCAAAUUUUGCGAACAAAUGGGAUGGGGUGUCAUGGCCGCAGCCCUGGACCACUUCUCAGACAGGCUUAUUGCUGGCGCAAGAGCUGACCUGUUGGCACUGGCCAAGAUCCCCUUUAUCAAGAGUCGUACAGCCCGUGUAUUUUGGGAGAAUGGAUUUCGAACUGUCGCUACGAUCGCCAACGCAGAUCCAGCGGAAUUGCUCCCCGUGUUAAUGCAGGCCCAGCCAAACAAGAUCCGGUUGAAAGGCAAAGACAACGACAAAUACGAAGAGAAACUGAUGGUCAAGGCAAAGGUGAUAUCAGAUGCCGCCAACAAAAUCUGGAGGCUCCAGAUGCAGGCUGAACUGGAGGAAGAGUAG